AUGUUAAGUCGGAGCACCCCCAUUCGGCCACCCCCCCCAUUCGGCCACCCCAAAAAUCCCUCCCAGCCACCCCAAUUAAAAUCCUACCCUCAAUCUACAAACCACCACAACAAUUGCAAUUAUCGUCCAAACGAAUUUCUUUUUGGUACACAUGUUCUUUAUUAUAUUAUGGUAUCGUAUACCGAAAAUGAAGUCAUUCGAGCGCUCGAGGCAAUUAGAGGUGGUACCUCAGUCAAGAGGGCCUCGAUUGAGUUCGGGAUUCCAAGGAGUACACUUCGGAAUCGUCGACGAGGUCAACAGGCCAGGGCGAUCGCUUUCGCAGACCAGCAGAGGCUUCCCCCCUGGCAGGAAGAUAGGCUGGCUGAAUGGGUUCGUAUUCAGCAUGCUCUAGGAGUUGCACCAACCCACGAACAAGUCAGAGAA